AUGACCCACUCCGUCUCUGAUUCCACGGUUUCACCGACGCCCUUCAGUCCUUUCUCGUCGUACUCGGAGGUUAGUGGGGUCACGUCCGACGAUGCACCAGAUCUCGGUGCCUUCACAACUGUAUUCCGUGCACUCACGACCUUACAACCACGCAAUGCACCUCCAUUGCUCAACGAUGUAAACACUGGAACACCUAUUUCGCCUCUCGCUUUCUCGCCCACCGAAGACGACUCCGAGGCCCCGUCGGCCUCCACCGCAUGGUCUCGCCACCCAGUCAACGAAUACCUAUCUUAUUCCUCACCAGACAGUCCUCGUCGCGGACGCUCGCCCUUACGGUCUGACUCCGAAUCCACGGCAUCUGACCUGGACCGGACAGACCUACUCCGAGCAGAAGCGGAACCAUCCCUAGGAGACCUAGACGAGGCGCUCGGUUUCCUCGCUGCUGAACGUGCGCGCCUGACGACUGGAAACACUAGUUCCACUACGACGACGUCGGACAGCAUUUUCCGACACGUUAUCCAGCCGCGUCGCAAGCGGCGCCGCAAGAGAAAUCGGUCCGAGGGACGCGACCUAGAUUCUUUCACGGAGACGACGACGACGGCAGGAGUUGACGAUGUCGCGUAUGCGUCGUCCUCAUCCGUCGAUGCCACAUCCUCCCCGUCAGCUGCCAUACGGAUCGCAGCCACCCCGGCGCGGACCAGGCCAGAACGGAGGCAGCGCACGAUCGCGCAAGUCGCCCGCGAGAAGCCACGACUCCUCCACAGCAAGUCUACCCCGAAUCUUAUACCCCCUGUAUCAUUACCCAUAGACGCACGCACGACGACGAGCGGGACCGAAGAAUCUGGCUUCGUCGAUACCCGGGGCCCCGAGCCGGGCUCUCAAGACACCCUCAUCCACGUCUUCAUUGACCACUCUAAUAUUCUCAUUGGAUUCCUAUCCUACCUGCGGCGGCACCUGCACCACUUCGCGCGCAGCCGCAGUAAACAUCUCUCGCACGCCGCGCUCGCGCUCAUCCUCGAGCGCGGGCGCCCCAUCACGCGGCGGGUCCUAGUGGCGUCGUCGCCACUCUAUCAGCCGGUCGACACCGCGGAACAGCUGGGCUACGAAGUCCGCGUGUACGCGCGCGUCCCGGACAUGGGCGACGGGGCUGACCGCCAGCACCAGAGUGAGACGCAGAGCCCCGGCCGCGGCCGUGGGCGCCGCUCUGGUGCGGCGCACGCGCGGAGCCACUCACAUAAGAGCUCGAUUGGCGGCGGUGGGACGUCGACCGAAUCAGAGCCGAACGGGAACGGGAAUAGCAACGGCAAUGGGGCAGGGGCGUCUGCACGCGUACGAUAUCGCGAGCAGGGCGUCGACGAGCUCCUACAGCUUAAAUUGCUUCAGGCCAUCGCAGAUGUUGACGAGGUCCCUCUCGGCGGCACUAUCGUGCUCGCGACCGGAGAUGGGAACGUCGGGCAGUUCAACGAGGAGGGGUUCCUCGGGUGCGUGCGGACGGCGCUGAAGAAGGGGUGGCGAGUGGAGCUGUACGCUUGGGAAGGCGGGCUGAGCAACGCGUGGAUGCGCGAGUUUGGAGAAGGCGCGUACAGCAGCAGAUUCGAGGUGUACACCUUGGACCGCUUUGCAGCGGACUUGUUGGAAGUGUAG